CACCCCCAUCCCUUUCCAAUUUUGCGGUUCCCUCCCUCUCUCGCUGGACGCGUCGCCGCCACCCCCACCCCACCUCGCUCUCGGCUCCUUCCCCCAUCUCCCUCCCUUCCCAUCCAUGGCGCUCCAAACCCUAAACCCUCACCGGCACCCGGCCUCCGUCUCCCCGACCCCGGCGCCCCUCCCGCGUCGCGGCCCGCCGCAGCCCCUCCUCCACCUCCCUCCCCGCCGCCGCCUCGCGGGCGGCUGCACAUGGCCGCGCGCCGUCGCGGUCGCCGUCUCAGGGGCCGUCAACGAGGCGAGGAGGCUGCCGCCGUCCGAGGGCGGGGACGGGAAGGGGAAGGAGACGGACCUCGCCACGCUCGGGAACCUCUGCGUCGACGUCGUGCUCAGCGUGCCGGAACUCCCGCCGGCGCAGCGCGAGGAGCGGAAGGCCUACAUGGAGCGCCUCGCGGCAUCGCCGCCCGAUCAGAAAUUUUGGGAGGCUGGUGGAAACUGCAACUUAGCCUUUGCUGCGGCUAGGCUUGGGCUUCGCUGUUCCACACUGGGGCACGUAGGAGAGGAAAUUUAUGGAAAAUUUCUUCUUGAUGUGCUUCAAGCGGAGAGCAUUAGUGUUGUUGGGAUGCUUGAAAAUACUGAUGCUACUGCAUGCCGCCAGGCCUAUGAAACACUUCUAUGUUGGGUUCUUGUCGACCCAUUUCAGAGACAUGCUUUUUGCAGCCGUGCAGACUUUAGUCAAGAGCCAGCUUUCAGUUGGAUACGUAAACUUCCAGCAGAUAUCAGGACAGCUAUUCAUCACUCCAAAAUACUGUUUUGUAAUGGCUAUGCUUUUGAUGAAUUCUUCCCUGAUGUCAUCGCAUCCUCUAUUGAUUGUGCAAUUGACGCGGGAACAGCAGUAUUUUUUGAUCCCGGUCCCCGUGGAAAAUCUCUCUUACAUGGGACUCUGGAUGAGAAGAGAGCACUUGAGCAUGCUCUUAGGCUCAGUGAUGUCCUCCUUUUGACAUCAGAUGAGGCUGAAUCACUUACAAACAUCAGAAACCCGAUUCAGGCAGGGCAAGAGUUGCUAAAGAGGGGGAUCCGCACAAAGCAGGCUGUCAUCAAAAUGGGUUCCAAGGGAUCAAUCAUGAUCACCAAGAACACUGUUUCCUGUGCGCCUUCUUUUAAGAUUAACGUUGUGGACACGGUUGGAUGUGGAGAUAGCUUUACUGCUGCUAUAGCUUUUGGGUUCCUCCAUGACUUGCCGGCUGUUAACACAUUAACACUAGCAAAUGCAGUUGGAGCUGCAACCGCCACUGGCUGUGGAGCAGGUAGGAAUGUUGCUCACCUGGAUAAAGUACUGCAACUCUUGAGAGAAGCCAAUCUCAAUGAAGAAGACACAGCAUGGAGCGAGUUGAUUGAAGGAAGCUCUCUCUGUCCCGAAGUCUCAGUCCUGUCAAGGACACCAAUCAAUGGUUUUAGCGACCGCCUUGUGCAUGUUCCUGUUUGUGAUGUGCAUUCCAAUCUUCUGCAUAUGUUCGAAGCAGUGUCAGAGCGGAGCACUGUCCAGGCUUAAAUCCAUACUGAACAGUAGAUGGCUGUAUUCUGUUUGGCAUCAUUUAGAUUCUUCUUUUACAGUUUUACUCAACCAUCACACUGUUUUUAGGUGAUGACUGAUAGUUGGAGGCUAGCCUCCAGGUAAAGCUAUUUGUUGAAAAGAAUGUGCUUUUGGAAGCUAUUGAUAGCUUUGCAGCUGCGACCUCGCAUGGAAAUGAUGGAUCUCAUUUUUUGGUCUAACUUGAGCACGAUUUGAU